CCCCAUGCGCCUGGGUGGGCUGCUGUGGUGGUACUGCUGCUGUGGCUGGUACUGCUGUGGACUGUGCACCCCAGCCCCCCAGAUGUUGCGCCACCAGGGUCUCCUCAAGUGCCGAUGCCGAAUGCUCUUCAAUGACCUGAAGGUUUUCCUCCUGAGGCGCCCCCCUCCAGCGCCCCUGCCCAUGCACGGUGACCCCCAGCUCCCUGGUGUGGCGGCCAACAACAACACCCUUCCGGCUCUGGGUGCCGGAGGGUGGGCAGGCUGGAGAGGCCCCCGAGAAGCAGUGGGCAGGGAGACCCCUCCUCCGCCACCUCCACCACCUUUGCCUCCUUCUGUGGAAGAUGACUGGGAUGGCCCAGCCGCAGGGCCACCCGCCUCUGGGCUCAGCAGUGCCUCCUCUGAUGAAUUCUGUAAGGAGAAAGCUGAGGACUGCUACUCUCUAGGAAGUAGCUUGGACAGUGGUAUGAGGACUCCCCUCUGCCGCAUCUGUUUCCAGGGACCAGAACAGGGAGAGCUGCUAAGCCCGUGCCGCUGUGAUGGUUCUGUCAAAUGUACACACCAGCCUUGUCUCAUCAAGUGGAUCAGUGAAAGGGGCUGCUGGAGCUGUGAGCUGUGCUACUACAAGUACCACGUCAUCGCCAUAAGCACAAAGAAUCCUCUACAGUGGCAGGCUAUAUCCCUGACGGUCAUCGAGAAAGUUCAGAUUGCAGCCGCCAUCUUGGGUUCUCUCUUCCUCAUCGCCAGUAUCUCUUGGCUCAUCUGGUCAACCUUCAGUCCCUCAGCAAAAUGGCAACGCCAAGACCUCCUCUUCCAGAUCUGCUACGGGAUGUAUGGCUUCAUGGAUGUGGUGUGCAUAGGUCUCAUCAUCCACGAAGGGCCUUCAGUGUACCGCAUCUUCAAACGCUGGCAGGCCGUGAACCAGCAGUGGAAGGUGCUGAACUAUGACAAGGCGAAAGACUUAGAGGAUCAAAAGUCAGGAGGCAGGGCAAACCUACAGACUUCCUCGUCUGCCCAAGCCAACAUCCCCUCCACGGAAGAGGAGGCAGCGAGCCCGCCUGCCCGUGAGGAGGGCCCCGCCAGGGCUGCCAGCCACCCCUCAGACCCUGUGUCCCAACACCACUGUGCUUACACCAUCCUACACAUCCUGAGUCACUUGAGACCUCAUGAACAGCGGAGUAGCCAGAGCAGCAGCCGAGAGCUCGUCAUGAGAGUCACCACGGUGUGAAAGACGGCCUGAGAGGAAGGCUGGGAGCACACGAACACACACCACAGGAAAGAGGCUUGGCCAGGAGGGGCCCAGGGAGCAGGGAUGGCAGGCAAAAAUCUGGCAGUUUGGGGUGUUGGGCCUUGAGGGAGCCUGGAGCAGAGGGGAGCUGUGGGUAGAGCCUGCUGGAGUGCUCUUAUGAUUUCCUGUCUGUUGCAAGGGAAAACCAACACAAACUCCACAAUAGUGGGUGGGAGAGAUGGAAUCAGGCCUGGGCAGAAAAUGAUGGCAGGCACCUGGGGUAGCUUCUGUACCUGUGGGUGUUAAGGGCAGCAAAGAGAACAAGCAAAGGCCAUCAACCAAGCAAAGAGCUUUCAUAAUCCGCAUGUCUCUCGAAGCCUUGGGUUUGUUCCUGCCCGCGUGAUGCUUCCUAGAACUGGGUACCCCAGGGAGAGAGUGGAGCCUUGUGAGCUGGAACCCCUACCACGCUUGUCAGGGGGACCUCUGCACUUUGUAAAAUCUCAGUGACUCAAAUGGCUUUACGGAUCCCCCUGCCCUCGCCCACCCCAGGAGGAGAUGGUUCAGGAAGGGAGUUGUUGGUCUUCCUGGCCAGGGAGAUGGGGCUGUAUCCCCCAGAAAGAACUUUCCUAGCUGUAAUUCCAAGUGUCCCGUGAGCUCAAAGAAGGCUAAGGUUUAGAGAUGGGUAUCUUUCUGUUUCCUUCUUUAUUUUAUGGUGAUUUGGCUCAAAGAUGUUUACGGGAGGGGGGAGUAGGGGCUCACACAUACAUGUGCGUGUAGAGGGAAGCGCAGACUUCUCAUGAGAAUCUCAAGCACACUUCCACUGCUGUGGCGUCAGCCUCCAAACUGUCAAGCCAGGGAUGAAAUUUUUUUUUUCCCCCAACUACUGAGCCCCACCCACAACCAGGACAAUGCGGUGCCGUGUCCUUUCGGCCUUGGCCUUCGCAUAGGGCAAGCACAGAGAGAGAUGGGGGGAGAGAGAGAGAGAGAGAGAGAGAGAGAGAGAGAGAGAGACCCUCUCACCUUGGUGUGCUAGAGUGUGGCUUGUGCAUCUCAAGGAAGAAAUAACCAUCAAUCUAAGUAUUCCUUGCUGCUUGGUACCCUCCCUACAGAGGCCCAGACUGCCUUGUGCUCGGCGCUAUGUGCCCCUCGGGCACACCAGGGCACACCAGGGAAGCAGGCAGGAACCCACCUGUAUGUUCUGGGACCCUGGCAGGAAGGAAAGGCCACUGGGUGGUCACCUGCAGAGUUUCUUACUGUCAUUGCACAAUGGACACGUCAUCCUUGGGUAUUAAAUGGACACUGUCAAGUACUUUUUUAAAACUAGUUUUUAGGGUUUUUUAAAAACUGUCUGUUGUUUGUAAUAUUCUCUUAAAAGCUUGGAAAUAAAAUCUCUUUCCCUACCA